AGGAGAUGGUACAUGGCAUCACCCAGUAACUCCUCCACUGCUCCAGUCUCUGAAUUCCUUCUCAUCUGCUUCCCUAACUUCCAGAGUUGGCAGCACUGGCUCUCCCUGCCACUCAGCCUCCUCUUCCUCCUGGCCAUGGGGGCCAACGCCACCCUCCUGAUCACCAUCCGGCUGGAGGCCUCCCUGCAUGAGCCCAUGUAUUACCUGCUCAGCCUCCUCUCCCUGCUGGACAUUGUGCUCUGCCUUACUGUUGUACCCAAGGUCUUGGAUAUCUUUUGGUUUGACAACAAGACUAUCAGAUUCUCUGCCUGUUUCCUUCAAAUGUUCAUUAUGAACAGUUUCUUGACCAUGGAAUCCUGCACGUUUAUGAUCAUGGCCUAUGACCGCUAUGUAGCCAUCUGCCACCCCCUGCGGUAUCCAUCCGUUAUUACUGACCAAUUUGUGGCUAGGGCUGCCAUUUUUGUUGUGGCCCGGAAUGGCCUUCUUACUAUGCCUAUUCCUAUACUUUCUUCCCAACUCCGAUACUGUGCAAGAAAUAUUAUCAAGAACUGUAUCUGUACUAACAUGUCUGUGUCCAAACUCUCUUGUGAUGACACUACCUUCAAUCAGCUUUACCAGUUUGUGGUGGGUUGGACCCUGCUGGGAUCUGACCUUAUUCUUAUUGUUCUCUCGUAUUCCUUUAUUCUGACAGCAGUGUUUAGAAUCAAGUCUGAGGGAGCUGCAGCCAAAGCUCUAGGCACUUGUGGCUCCCACUUCAUUCUUAUCCUCUUUUUCAGCACUGUUCUGUUGGUUCUGGUCAUCACUAACCUGGCCAGAAAGAAAAUCCCCCCAGAUGUUCCUAUUCUGCUUAACAUCUUACAUCACCUCAUACCUCCAGCUCUGAACCCAAUUGUUUAUGGGGUGAGAACCAAGGAGAUCAAGCAGGGAAUCCAGAAAUUGCUGAGAAGGUUGAAGACAUGA